ACGGUUUCUCUCUGAAGCUGGGAAAGAGAAACUGAAAGAAUGAACGUGACUUCACAGCACAGAUCGUCGACUUAAGAUUACUCUGACUAUGUCUUCAGAUGAGGAGUUCUCUCUUGUGGUGGAGCAACCACAACCAUCCGAGGACACCUUGGAGGGAAUCAAGGCUUUAAUCACCAACUACAAGAAAAAAUACGAACAGCUGAUCCAGGAGCAGAAGGAGCUGACCACCUCCAGGGAUGACAGCCGGGCAAUGACGGACAAGUGCAAGCUGCGCUGUGUCAAACUUACCCAGGAUCUGAAAGUAGACGAGCACCGAUAUGAAGAGCAGAUUAGAAAUGAAAAGGCUAAGCUGAACUUGAUGAUGCAGGAGGAGGGCGAACUGAUGAAGGAUAUCCAAAAAGUGGAGGAAGCUCUGAAGGAGGAGGCGGCCAGACACAGUCACCUGAAGCAGCAAACUGAUGUGUUCACUGCUGUACCAGAGAAGAAGGUCGUCUUCACUGGGGAAACAGGAAAUGGAGCCAGUGCACAAACAUUUGAAAUGAAGCCACAUAUAGUUUACCCGAUGGAGGGCGGGACGUCACUGAUUACAUUUGAGGAACAAGUGGUGGCCAGAAAGAUCCUGGACAUGCAGAAGCAUCAGGUGGACCUGGGAGCAGAGUGCACCAUCACUGUGGAGGCCAGGCCAGUUCAGCUCAUGCUGCCCAGGCUGGUGGAGAUAGACACAGAGGUGAAUCCUCAGCAGAUAUUAAUCUCAAACCUGCCUGAGAUGGAGACCGAGACGCUGCUGAACAAGCUGGAGAUCCACUUCUCCAAGACUAAACACGGGGGCGGAGAGGUGGACAGAUGUGAACUGCUGCCUGACUCUGGGACUGUGGUCCUCACAUUUGUGAGAAAUGACAUUGCCAGAGGUUUGACAGAUAAAGAGCAUCACGAUGUGGAGCUAUCACAAAAGAAGAGGCACAGAGUGAGGGUGACUCCUUUUCUCAACGGAAAGAUUACAAACUUAAAGACCAAGAUGUCGGUGUGUCCUCGGACGGUGCUGCUGACGGGAAUCCCCGCCAUCAUGGAGCAGGAGACCCUGCAGGAUCUGCUGGAAAUCCACUUCCAGAAAAGCGGCAACGGUGGAGGAGAGAUCGAAGCCUUCCUCUACAACCCAUUAGGUCAGAACACCUGGGCCCUGUUUGAGGGCGUCUCCACAGACAGAGAGGAGGAGUAGGAUGUACAUUUGUCACCUCUCAGGUUCAGGGUGAGAUCCUGUGAUGUAAAGACAGCAUUAGCCCUGCAUUUGUUUUAGUCUUAUAUUCUGUUCUCACAUCUUUUGUAAUGGAAGUCAGUGUAAUUAAAGAAAUACUUCAACCACACAAUGACAGUUUUUGUAUCAGUUACACACGUGUUUUGUCUCUGCACAAGCUGAGCCCAAAUGCACGAGUGUCCAGGCAUGCUCAGGGCGCUUCUCAUAUGUGGAAGCAUUUUAUAUUGUGAAAUUUUAGCAUAUACAUGUGUUUCACAAGUACUGGUCAUAUGACUGGAUUAUACUGCUUGAGUUGUGUGAGAGAUUGUAAACGGAAAGCAGACCCUGAAAUUCAUGUAGAAGGAAUCUUUUUGGGAGUUUUCCUCAUUAAUUCAAGGUAACACAGACUAACUGACAAACAAAAGGUCAUUUUGUGGUUGAAGUAUUUUUUUAACUUCUUAUCUUGGGAUGUUUUUUGGCAUCAAUAAACCUGCCGGUCAUUUUAUUCUUGAACAAAAUCUCUGAUUCGUGUUACUGUAAGGAAUGUGAAGGUACAUCACACUGUGUAGGACGGAGGCAUCAUCUUUGAGGCAGUUUUCUCAGUUGCCCAAAAUGUAUGCCAGUCCAAAGUCUGACAAAGUCCAAAGUCCAAAAACGAGAUGGUUUAUAAUGUCUGGGUGUGUAAAUGGAGAUUGGGGUCUGUAAUCCAGCCUUGGGCUGCUAAGUCAUAUGGAUCUAUGAUGUUAUAUCAUAUGUAGUUUGUCUAAAUACAUUGCUUCACCACUGUGGCAGGCACAGGUCAACAGUGUGUCCCCACAAGAUGGCGCCACAUCUCAAAAAAGUGAACACAUUGUGACAUCAUCUUCACAAUCUCUAUCUCUAAAGUGUUCUACAUUCAUACACAAAGUAUUUAAUCUUUUUUGCCUAGUUACUUAAAGAUAUAAAUGAAUGGUGAUGAGAAAUACAUUGUAAUUAAUAAUGAAAUAAACCCAUUAAUCAACAAGGCAUCUCUAUCUCAGCAGUCUUAUUACAUAAAGAUAUAAACAUCCUGCUGUAACACAUUAUUACUUUGUCUAUUUUGGCUCAAUGAAAUUAUUUUUUUGUGAAAUAUAGCUCACACAGUUUGUUGUGGAGAGAUGAUGCUAACCAGUUAGCAGAUGGCUAGCGUAGCUUAGCACGACUGUUGACUGGGAAUAGCUAGUUCUGUCCAAAGGGUAAAGAAAUGCUUACAGCAGCACUUCUAAAGCUCACUGAUUAACACAUUACAUCUCAUUUGUUAAGUCCAUACAAAAGCCAAAGUGUAAAACUGACAAUUUGCCAGGCAACUUGCAAACAGAGACACCAGAAAGUUAAUGCCAAAAAAGCGUUCAGUGCAGAACACUCCUGUAAAAAGGCCAAUUGUCACUUGUACACUAGUGUUUUUGCAUGUACUAUAUGCAGAUAUAUGUUAGAUAUAACAUAUUAUUGAGCUUUAGAGCUGCUGGUGGAUUUUUUUAAAAUGUGACAGAGCAAGGCUAGCUGUUUCCACUCUGUAUGCUAAGCUAAGCUAACUUGUUGCUGGCUGUAGCUUCAUAUAUAUCUGGUAGAAUGGUUUUUAUCUUCUCAUCUAACUACUACCUAAUCUAAGCAAGAGAAAGAAUAUAUGCAUUUCCCAAAAAGUUGAAAAAUUAUUUGCUAUGGGUAAAUAAAGUCUUGAGGUUUGAAGGUUUGAAUUUCAGGUAAAGAUUCUUAUGUGAAACUGGAAAGGUGUAAGUAUGAAAUGCACUUUUGUGGUAACCGUUGAUUUUUCCAAUCAAAUGAAGAGUUCAUUUGCAAAAAAUAAAAGCCAUUCUUGAAACA